GCUACCUUUAUUGGCUUUAAAGUAAACUAAAUUUAUGACGUUAGUAUCCACAGUGGUUUAAGACGAGUCUUGUUUAUUUAACACGUGCUCCACAAGCUUUGUACCAUGGCGGACUCUACAAAUAUGUCAUUAGAUGACAUCAUACGAGCUGGUAGGUCGCGUGGUAGAGGUGGCACGAACAUACGCGGGCGAGGACGCGGAGGCGGGCGCGGGCGCGGCCGCGGCACUGUCAGGCGAGGGCGAUCGGCGACUCGCGUGGAGACCCCCGCGGCCGCGGGUGCGCGGUCUAGAUCCCGCUCGCGGUCGCGGUCGCAGGUGCGCCCCCGCGGCCGGGGCCGCGGCCGCGCCCGCGGACGCUCGCACUCCCGAUCUCGCCAGCAGCGGCGCUCCACUUCCCGGGCUAGAUCAGCGUCUCGCUCGCAGUCACAGCAAAGAGGACUGACGCCAAGAGGGAGAGCAGGAUUAGAAAAUCAAAAUGUACCAUUACAAAGCAGAAUAGGCAGAUUUAGAGGAAGUGGUCAAAAUCGUCUUAGCCGUACCCGUUCUACUUCCAAUGUGCGAGGCGAUAUACGCAGCCGGCUCGGCGUGUCGCGCGGUGCGUUUGCGGCCGGCGCGCGCCGCCCGCUCGCCGUCGCCAAGAGAGGCAUCGCCAAGCGCGGCCGGGGCCUGACUACACGCAACAAAUACACUUCAGUGGGAUUGAGAUCUGAUCAAAUACUAAAAGAACAACUUAAUAAGAAAGCGCAAAAUUUGCUAUUCCAGGAUAAUAUGAUUAGAUCUCAAACAUUUACUCGGUCCAGGUCGAGAUCAAGAUCGAGAAAUAAUUCUUUAUCAAGGAAUAACUCACUGUCUCGGAGUAAUUCACGGUCUAGGAAUAAUUCCUUCACCUCGGCAUCUCAGUUGACUGUCAGCGUGGCUAAUGAUCUAGCAAAGCGACGUCGACGUAAUAGCGUUGGCAAUCCUAAUUACUUAAAUAAACAGAGCCUUGUUCAGCUGAAUAGUCAACUAGGUGGAUAUAAACAGAGGCGCGGGCCCGGGAGCGUCUACUCUGUGGGGUCCAACCGAUCAAGCCAGUCUAAUAGAUCGAACCGAUCAAACGCCAGCGCGCGCUCGACGCGCUCCCGGGGCCGCGGACGUGGACGCGGGCGCGGGCGCGGACGGGGAGUCAGCCGUAACUUUGUCAAUAAGCAAGUCCUCAAUAGCAAACUGCAGAAAGAAAUUGCUGCUAUCCAAGGAAAAGCAUCGAACGGCAAUUCAAGUGAAACGCCGGUAGGAAUAAACUUUACUCCUACGCCGGCGAGCACUGCGCAAACCUUGCAUCAAAGGUUUGCUACUUCAUGAAUUUUUAGCUUUCAUUAUGUCUAAGACUUACGAAUUUUAAAAAGAUAGUGUCAUGUGUAUUGUGUAAGUAAGGAACCAAUUGUUUUUGCCCUAUGUUGCCGAUUCCAUUAAAACAGAUCAUCUAUUCACUAGCUACUAUUAAAGUAAUAUUAAAAUGUAUUAAAAUGUACUUGAUGUACCCUAGGUAUGUUGCUAUGCAGUGUUCUUCCUGCUUGCGUGCUUAAUGAGACAACUUUAUGAGUAUUGCCGUACAAAAAAAAACGGCAAAGGAAUUGCUGCCGUAUACCUACCGUGUGAUUGAUAAGAAAGCAAAUUGCCGUAUUUUAGGAAUAACGCUGUUGCCAUGGCUGCCACUGAUAUCUAUUUCGAUUUGAUUUUAUUUCUCUGAAUUAAUAUCCAAUUGCAAUCGAUCGUUAUUGUAAUAAGUAUAUUAGGGUUCCUUGAUAUGUAUUUGUACAGUACAUAUGAUAAGACAAAUAUAAGUACAAUACGUAGGGUUAUUCCCACUAGUUACCACCAAGUUCUUACCAGUGGUAACUACUGAGAAUUUUUUUCCCACCUUUUACCACUGGUAACUACUGGGAAAAAAAAUCCCACUAGUUACCACCAACUCGGCUUGGUGGUAACUACUGGGAAUUUUUAUUCCCAGUAGUUACCACUGGUAAAAGGUGGGAAUUUUUAUUCCCACUAGUUACCACCAACUCGGCUUGGUGGUAACUACUGGGAAUUUUUAUUCCCAGUAGUUACCACCAAAAUACUGUUGGAAUUCAAUUCUAAUAAAAACAGUAUAAAUAGUAUAGUAUAAAUGUAGCAUGCUGUAAUAAAUAAUUAUGUGUCAGUUAGUGAUUCAGUAAACUGCUUUAAAAAUGAUCAAAAAUAUUAAAACAGUUUUACCGGUAUAAGUGUAAUAACUAAAAUAGAAGAGUCUCAUUCUAGUUAAGUAGAAAUUAACUUAUUAUCCGGACUAAAUUUAUCUUAUUAACUGUAAAUUGAAUUACAUAUUUAUACAAACGAACAAACAAAUCAGUCAAAAACCGACAGAACUGAUUUCGUUUUAUUAUUUACCGCUACUUCAUUUCGUUCUAUUAUAACACGACGCAAACCUGGAAUAUGUAGGUAUUCAUAAUUUGUCCUCAGGCUAAAUAACUAAAGGCAUGGUUGUUAUUAAAACCGCUUAGGGCGCGCUUCGGUUGGGCUGAUUGCUCGGACUAACCAGCAUAGGCUCGCAUUCCAAUUACGCUCGAGUAGUACAUGGCUCGGUCAAGUUACGCUGGUUGGCUCGAUUGCUUAAACACCCACGCUAGCGGGAUGGUAAUAACACUCUACCAGGGGGGCAUCAGGUACUAUUCGUCACUCAUUCUACAUUCGUCACAAUCGUCGGUGGCUUUCAAUGUAGAAUGAGUGACCGUGUUGUGAAAGGGUGUAAAAACUGUUACAGAAAAAUCUAAUAAAUUGAUGAGAUUUCAUUUUAUCGGUAAGUAAUUACAGAUUGCAUUGAUUUCUUGCUUAAAACAAAUUUUAAGCGAUCAUUAUUUCUUUAUUGCGCGUGCGGCCAUGAUGGCCUUGUACGCGCGCCGUCCAAAGACACAUUAUAAAAUAGAUUGCGCUCUCGUCUCUCCGGCGAGCGUGCCGAACGAGACGGCCCGAAAGGGAGACUUCUGCUACCACAUUCAUUAUGAAGAGUGUCUAUUUUGUGGGUUAUGACGUGCUGGUUAACUAACUUAAGAAUUUUCCCUUUAAUAAUAAUAUUUUUCUAAAUUCAGAAAAUAUAAAGCUUCUUUGAUUGUUGAAUAUUUUGUACGUGCUUAAUUAAAAUAUUAUGUAUUUAUUUUAACAUAUUUUAUAUCUUUUAACUCCCACUUAUUUGUACUUAAUAUUAUAUCAACUGAGUUAAUAAACUGGCACGGCGGAAUUUGUAAUUAUUACCUUUAUAUUAAUAAUAAAAAGGCGCAUGCCUUGUUUAGCUGUCGCAACAAUAGCAACAUUCAUUCAAUUGUCACUUCGUCGUUGCCCUAAAGAAAAGAAAGGGACACCGAGGUAUUUUGUUCGGCGCGACGCGAGAGUGCAGUCUACUUUACCAUGUCUCCGACUUGGCCGGUAGUACGCAACUACGCAUACUAUACAACAGAUGGCGCCAGUGUUGCUUAACGAGUAUGUUCAGUCGGAUUUGUAUGAACGCGCUAAUCCCUAGUUAAUAUCGUUGGUCUUAAACUACAAGUACAGGGAAUAAUCUGAAAACUAUAAAUUUGUACAGAACCCUAUAUAUAAUAUUACAUUUUCUGAUUCUCUUAUUUUUUCAUAAAAAAGGCAGAUAAUUAAAAAACUGUCUUCAGGGCAAGGAUCACGUCCUCGUUUAUAGUUUUAUACAGUCAACAGGUAUGCCGUGAACGGGAUCACGCGCGAACAAGUACACUAAUACCUAAUUGUAAAUAGUGCGGAGCAGUAGCUUUUAACAUUUUGUUGGUCAUUUUACACAAUGACACAUACAUACAUAGGUAAUAUUGGGAGAUUUUGGUA